AUGGCCUGGGGUGAGCACAUACGGUGGGGCCCGGGGCAGCGGCUCACCUGGGACACCUUAGCAGAGGGGCCUCGGUCAGUCCCCAGGGCUCUGCAAGGGCUUCCGGAGACCCUGGCUCCCCGCUGGAUCCGUCAGCACAAAGGCAGAGGGAGGAGCAGGAAGGCCGAGUCGGGGCAGGCAGGAUGGUGGGGGAACAACCAGGGACCCAUUGCAUGGCUGCCACAGUGGCUUAGAGGAGGGCAGGGACUGAUGGAUGGACAACAGCCCCGAGAGCCAGCUGAGGCUGGAGACGGGGCUGUGGGGCCAUCCCGGCUGCCUGUGGGGCCCUCACUCACCCUCAUCGCCUCUAGCAUCUCCCCAGCAUCACUUAGCAGCCCAGUGAGAGAGCGGUCAAGGCGGGCGUGUGGGUGGAUCCAGGGCCCUCGCUCAAGGGUUCUGACAGAUGAGGGUCAAAGAAGGGCCAGGCUGUCCAGUCUCUGGGCCGGGCAGGAUGGGCAAAGUCAAGGAACAGGCAGGGUCGGCAGCCGGGGUGCAGGGAGAGGCAGGUGUACGCUGGAAGGUCAGGCCCCGCGAGGGCCCUUGGGGGCGUCAAGUGGGACAGGGCCCCAGCGCACCCUCCGUGCCCUGGGCAGGCCUCGGGCCAGUGAUGUGGUCACUCCCUCAGGAAAUGCUGUUGGGGCCGGACCACCCACCCUGAGCCACACCCGUCCCGCCUCAGGCCUGGACGUUCUGACCUCCCGCAGAGGAUGCUGCCUAGCCCAGGAGGGGCACCCUCAUUGUGCACCCCAAGCCUCGCCCUCCACAAGCCCCAGGCAGCCCGUGUUGGAGAAGACGUCAGGGGAUGAGAGACACAGAAAAAUGGCUCCGGGUGCUUCUCGACUGGCGCUGUCUGCUGGGCUCUACAAGGGAAUCCCUCUGCAGAUGUGGGGCCAGGUGUGGUCACACUUGCUGAAUGUUGAGAAAGUGAAGGCUGAGAACCUGGGAAAAUACCAGGUUAUGAAGAAAAAGGGCAAGAGGUCCCCUGGGAACUUCCACCAGAUAUGGGGAUUGGAAGGUCCCUGGGAAGAUGGGGUGAUCCAGAGGGAUGGGGGCUUCCCCAGAGCAGAGGCAGGGGUCACCCUUGAGGAGUGA